CAAAGCAAAAUACAAACUUUAGUAGACAGCAGUAGUGGUCGGUUUCAUGCUUAAAUCUCAAUGAUUUUAUACAUUUUUGGGUGGCCAUUAUAACUGUACAUAACCGACCUAUGUAUGUGUUCCACUAUCUUCAUGCAUCAAUAUAUUCUUAACUCAACCCACUUAACAAUUUAUUAAUUAUUUCUCUUUUUUGUUUUUACUUUUUUGCACCAUAUAAAUAUCUUCACCAACUUGUAUUCCCUCGUGCUCAACUUGAAAAAAUUCUUACAAAGCUUCCCGAAUUGUGGGGGGGCGAACUCUACUAAAACUUGCUCCAUUGCCCUAUAAUCUAACUCUAAGAGUUACCCAUCUUUUUACCCCACUCUAGGUUUCUAGCUAGCUAGCUAUUAUAUAUAGCUCGUUACCUUUUGCUUGUUGAUCCUAUAUAUAAAUAGGUCAAAUUAUCAAAUCAUAUUUUUUGAACUAUACUUGAUAUAAAAUCUAAAUUAAAAUGACUAAUUAUUCAAUGUUUUUGACCAUAUUAUAUUUGUGUUGUUUCACUAACUACCUCAUCCAAGGAAGAGUGUUAUCCAUAAGGGCUUAUAACUACUCCCAGUCGUCCCAGAUAUCGGCUCCGCCAAUGGAGGGUCCUAGCCCUAAUAGCCCUAACUAUAAUUAUGCUCAAAGUAGUCCAGCUCCUUCGCCAGUCAGUGAUGAUCAUGAUGAUAAAGUGUUGAAUGUUUUAACAUUUGGGGCUGUUGGCGAUGGAUCAACUGAUGAUACGUCGGCUUUCAAAACAGCUUGGGAUGCAGCUUGUGCAGUUGAUAAUGGAAAGAUUUUUGCACCUUCUGGUUAUUCUUUCUUGCUUCAACCUUUGAUCUUCUCUGGGCCUUGCAAAAGUGGUGUUCUUUUUCAGCUUGAAGGCACAAUUGUGCCACCUGAUGGACCAGAGUCAUGGCCUAAAAGCAGCAGCAAAAGACAAUGGAUAAUCUUUUAUAGAACUCAUGGAUUGACUCUUCAAGGGGGUGGCCUUAUUCAUGGUAGAGGAGAUAAAUGGUGGGAUAUGCCUUGUAAACCUCAUAAGGGUAACGGUACUAAAGAACACGGUCCUUGCGAUAGUCCAGUUGCUAUAAGAUUUUUCCAAGGAACAAAUAUAACAUUAAAAGGCAUAAAGCUCAUGAAUAGCCCUGAAUUCCAUAUUCGUUUUGAUAAUUGUCAAAAUGUGAAUGUGGAUUCUUUAUUCAUUAAAUCACCAGCUGAUAGUCCUAAUACCGAUGGAAUUCAUGUUGAGAAUACAAUUAAUGUUACAAUUCAUAACACCAUCAUAUCUAAUGGUGAUGAUUGUAUAUCAAUUGGGGCAGGUAGUCAUAAUUUAGACAUUAGAAAUGUGACCUGUGGUCCUAGUCACGGAAUAAGCAUCGGGAGCUUAGGAGUGCAUAAUUCAAAGGCUUGUGUAUCCAACAUCACAGUCACCAAUUGCAUAAUCAAACACUCCGACAACGGAGUUCGGAUCAAGACAUGGCAAGGCGGGUCUGGAUCUGUAUCCAGAAUUACGUUUGACGGGAUCCAUAUGGACACGGUCCGAAAUCCGAUAAUUAUAGACCAAUAUUAUUGCCUUUCCUCUAGCUGCUCCAACCAAACAUCAGCCGUCUCCAUCAAUACCAUUACAUAUUCUAAUAUCAAAGGAACCUUCGACACACGGGGCCCACCAGUCAAAUUGGAAUGUAGUGACUCAGUUCCAUGCACAAACAUUACCAUAUCGGCUUUGGAUCUCCUACCCGCAGGCCCAACGAGUCUGAUGGCAAGUCACAGGCACAAGUUGGAUCCAUUCUGUUGGAAUGCUUAUGGGAGUAGUGCAGGAGAAUUCACGACUCCUCCUGUUGACUGCUUGUUAGAGGGUUUACCAUAUUUGGAUGUACCUGGAACUGAUGAUGUUGGGCUGUGCUAGAGUACAUAAUUAUGGAUAAACAAUUGGACAAAUUAAGUUAUAAUACUUGUACAGGAAAAUGAUAUUGUCUUAAGCUGAUGUUUUAAUUACUAGCUUCUAUAUGGAAUAGAUUUCUUUUCUUGAAGCAAGAUGGAAAAGGAACUAUUAAUUAUAAGUGAUGUAAAGUCGUUAUACGCACUUGUAUCGGUGUGUGAUGUGUCAAAUCAUUCUCGUAAUAUCAUGUGCUCCUUAAUGCGUCGUUGCUA